AUGGCUCGAGAACGAGUUUUUCGAAAUUUAUUACGAUGUGUUUUAUUGCAACCAUUUGACCGAAUUAAAACAAUUGUUCAGCAAGAAACAACAAAAAAUUUAUUGACGAUAAUACGAGUUGUACCAGGCGUAACACUUUAUUUCAAUUUUUUGAAUAUCGCUCAAACAUUUGUACCGAAAGAUUUAAAUGCUCAUUUGUCCAAUUUAUUUCUCGGCUUUUUUUCUCGUUCGUUGGUUUGUACUUUAUUAAUGCCACCAACUGUUAUAAAAACGCGUCUUGAGAGCAAUAUCUAUAAAGAUUCAAAUUUGUUCUCAGUUGCAAAGGAAUUAGUCCGUCAGUAUGGCAUUGCUGGUUUAUUUAAAGGUUCCCUACCGACAAUAUUAAGAGAUGCGCCAUUUUCCGAAGGAAAAGAUUUUUCACCGUUGAGUCGUUUUGUUUGUGGAAUAAUAGCGGGCAUUUCUGCUUGCAUUCUCACACAGCCAUUUGAUUUUAUUAAAACUCAAAUGCAGUUAUAUCCAGGAAAGUAUAGGUCAUUUAUACAAAUUAUCGAAGUGAUAUAUUCUAAGGGUAACUUUUCGAGAUUUUUUUGUGGAUUCUGGCUUCGCGCUAUUCGUCGUACCCUAAUGGCCGCAAUAAACUGGACAAUUUUUGACGAAACGGCUGUCAACUGUUGA